ACUUUCAAUACUUUUUGUUAUUUUACAGAUACAGUCUGAAGCCAAAUGAUGCAAUUCUUGCCGAAGAAAAACACAUACCUAUGUAUAAAGAGAUGACAGAAAAGUUCAAAGUAGAUUAUACUGCUGGUGGUGCUUGUCAAAAUACAAUGAGAGUGGCCCAAUGGAUUUUGAAAAAACCUGGUAUUUUUGCUUUCAUGGGUUGCAUAGGUAAAGAUAAAUUUGGAGAAAUUUUGGAAUCUAAAGCUAAAGAUGCAGGUGUUCUUGUAUCUUACCAGUAUCAUGAUACACUACCUACAGGUACAUGUGCUGUUGUAAUUACUGAUCAAGGAGCUAAUAGGUCUUUAUGUGCUAAUUUAUCUGCUGCCAAUUGCUUUAGUAAAGAUCAUCUAGAAAGUGCAGCUAACCAAGCUAUAAUCCAAAAUGCAAAAUAUUUUUAUAUUACUGUAAGUAUUUUUAAUUUUAGCUAUCCAUAG